UCGUGACCUUCAAUGAAAAACCCCAGAGUCUUGCACCAGUGUAAUUUAUUUUGCUCACAUCCCCCUACAAUUGCCCGUGGAUGCAACACCGAAUUAAAGGAACGUGUAAAUCGCGAGUUAGAGGAACUGCCUGGCACAGCCAGGCGCGUUCGAGCGGCUGCUCCAGCCGCUCCAGCAGCAGUCCUGACCUUUGGGUGCACUUUCCCUCUCCAGACACCGAGCCUGUGCACAGCUGCGCCGGCGCGGGGCUCGGCUCUGCCUGUGUGCGAGCCUUCCCCUACCCGGGCCUCAGGUUGGCCCGUGACCGAGGGCGGCUCGGCCUCACCCCGUCCUUCCCUCUCUCCCUCCGGGGCCGGCCCAGGCCGCCGCGCCGACAGGGGGAGCCGCCGCGGGAGCCGGGAGCUCAGUAGGGCCGGGCCGGGCCGGGCCGAGCGCCGCGGCGGAAUGUGGGGUGCCCGGGCGGCGGCGGCGAUGCCGCGGUGGUGCCGGGCUCUGCACGGCUCCGCCGCCUUGGGUGCCUCCAGGAACCUGCUGCUGCGCAAAAUGCUCCGCAAGAACAAAAAGAAAUUUUGGUAUGACAGCCCUACCCUGGGAUCUAAAAUGAUGUACAAACCAACCAAGUUGGAUGCCCUAAUGAAAAAUGAGCAGACAAAAACUAGGAGAGAAGAUAACAUACGCUGCAGAGUCUUGAAUGGUCUUAUUCAUAAAGCUAUGUCACAGAUGGUGACUACCUGUGAAGUCAGUCAAGAAUUUUAUGAUCUCAAGCUGGAAAUCUGCAAGGUGUCCCUGUCAUCAAACUUUUCAGCAUGUCGUGUGUACUGGAAUCCUGCUGCUACUAUGGAGAAAGAAAGCUAUGUGGAAAGUGUGCUGCGGAAGAGCGCUCCACGUAUACGGUAUCUUCUGAAGAGUCAGCAAAUUCUAGGAAACGUACCCCCAGUAAUAUUUAUAAAAGACAAAGAAGCUGCAGCUGUGAAAGAGGUCGAGGACUUAUUGGCAAUUGCUGAUUUUGGACCUCCUGAAGAAGAAGAAGAAAUAUUUGAAAAUGAUUCAAGUAAACUGUUCUCUUCAGCAACUCAAUCUUCAGGGCCACCCAUGCGGUCUAAUCUGUUUGGUAUUGACCAUGAACUGCUGAAUAAACAGAUAAUGGACUAUAAAAGACUGAAAGUGUCAAGACAUAUAGAAAGUAUUCCCUGGACAGAAGAGCAGGAGCAGCAGCUUUCUAAGAUUCGGAAGAAAAUGAAAAAGAGAAAACCAAAGAAUCCUGAUGAUGAUGACAUUACACCACAGAAAUACUUACUGGACAAAUAUGACGCUGAUUACUGGGAUGAUAACACUGAAUCGGUCUCAGACUAUGAGUUGGAGGAAGAGGUAAAGGAACUGGAGAUGGAUGAUGGCAAACAUUUAAGUCAUCCUGCUGAUAAACUAAAAUGAAGUGAAAAAGCCAUUCCUUUCAAAAUGGAGGAUACCAAUAGCAAAAGAAAAAGACUGCCAUAGAUACUGAAAGGUUGUUUACCUGUUUACCACUUCCAUAUGUAAGAAAAACAAAAAUGCCAUUUGUGACAUUCUGUUAAGCACCUUUCAAGCUGCUACAGUUGUGGAACUUUGAACAAGAGAGCAGUUUUAUAAUAAAAUACACCAAUUGCAGCACUGAGGUAAAACUUCUUGCAGUUGUGCUGAUUAUUUCCAAUAAAAUUAUAGUUUCUA